GCGACGGUGCUCCAGGUGACGACGGCGGCGCAACCGCACAUGAGGGCAUUCCACCUCGCGUGGCUGGGCUUCUUCUCCACCUUCUUCUCCACCUUUGCGCCCGCGCCUCUGAUGCCGUACAUCAAGCCGGCUCUCGGCAUCUCGAAGCGCGAAGCUGCGGUCGCUGGCAUGGCGAGUGACCUCGGCUCCAUCUCAGGCUCCACCAUCUUCUUCCGCCUCAUCAUGGGGCUCGUCGCUGACACGAUUGGCGCCCGGCGGGGAAUGGCGGCCUGCCUGCUGGUCACCACCCUCCCCAUUCUCGGCAUGAUGUACGUGCAGGACGCCACGGGCUUCAUCGUGUGCCGCGGGCUCAUCGGCAUCAGCCUCGCCUCCUUCGUCGCCUGCCAGGCCCUUCCCUCUCUCCCCACAGCCGACUCAUGCAAGGCGUGGGUCAGUGUCAUGUUCAGCAAGCCGAUCGUCGGCCUGGCCAACGCCACGGCCGGAGGGUGGGGCAACCUCGGCGGCGGAAUCACCAACCUGGCGAUGCCGUUCGUGUUCCUCGCCGUGCGCGACUCCUUCGCCCCGGGGGACAACGACGCGGCCUGGCGGCUCUGCUUCUGGCUCCCGGCCCUGCUCCACUUCGGCACCGGCCUCGCCACGCUCACCGGCCGCGACUUGCCCGACGGGAACGUCGACGAGCUCGAGCUCUCGGGCGCCAAGCAAAAGUCGCGCUCGGACGUCGUCCUCAAGGUUGGCUUCUCGAACCUCAACGGCUGGCUGCUCUGCGUGCUCUACGGCAUGUCGUUCGGCGUCGAGCUGACCGCGGCGACCUACUUUUUCGAGUACCACGGCCUGUCGGUCAAGCUCGCGGGGGCGCUCGCCUCGAACCUCUUUGCACGCUCGCUCGGCGGCAUCGCCUCGGACUGGCUCGGGAAGCGCUUCGGCAUGCCGGGCCGCAUUUGGAGCCUCUGGAUCAGCCAGGCGCUCGAGGGCGUCUUCUGCUGCCUGCUCGGCCUGACGACGAGUGGCAUGGCCCUCGAGGAGAUCCCGGCCUCAAACACGGCCGGCCGCUGCGUGCUGCUCCUCUCCGUCUUUUCGAUCUUUGUGCAGAUGGCCGAGGGAGGCACGUACGCCAUCGUGCCUCAGGUGAGCCGGUCGGCGCUCGGCGUCGUCUCCGGCAUCGUGGGCGCGGGCGGCAACCUCGGCUCGGUCGUGACGACCGCCGCCUUCUUCGCGUCGUCCGACGCGCGCACCGACGACUCCUUUAUCAAGAUGGGCCUCGCCAUCGUCGCAUCCUCCUGCCUCUGCGCCCUGCUCUACUGGCCCGACGAGGCGUGA